UGGGCGGAGCGGAGUCGGAAAGUGUGUCAGAGAGAGCGCGUCGUCCGCCAUUUCGCGUCUGGCGCCCGCCCAGAAGGGGCGAGGCUUGGUCUUUCCCGGCCCCGCCGCCGGGAGCGCCACGUCGGAGGCGAGCGAGAAGGCGGGGGUCUCGUGUGGAGGCUGCGACGCGUGUCCGCGAUGGAGCCGGGGAUGCUGGUGGCCUUGCUGGUGCUGUCGGUGGUCGGGGGCGCCCGGGGCCUCUCCUUCCAGCUCCCGCCGCAGACCCGCAAGUGCCUCAAGGAGGAGCUCCACCGGGACGUCAUGGUCACCGGCGAGUAUGAGCUCUCCGAGGCCGCGGCCCCGGGGAUCCGCACCGACCUCCGGGUGACAGACUCCUCUGGACACAUCCUCUACUCCAAGGACGAAGCCAAGAAGGGGAAAUUUGCCUUCACCACCGACGAUUACGAAAUCUAUGAGAUUUGCUUUGAGAGCCAUGGGCAGCCAGGGAACUUCCGGGUCCCUGACCAACUGGUCACUCUCAAUAUCAAGCAUGGCGUGGAAGCCCGGAAUUACGAGGAUAUUGCGAAGGCAGAGAAACUCAAGCCCCUGGAGGUGGAUCUGCGUCGGCUUGAGGACCUUUCCGAAUCCAUCGUCAAAGACUUUGCUUUCAUGAAGCAACGCGAGGAAGAGAUGCGGGACACCAAUGAAUCCACCAGCGCCCGCGUUUUCUACUUCAGCAUCUUCUCCAUGCUUUGCCUCGUGGGUCUGGCCACUUGGCAAGUCUUCUACCUCAGACGUUUCUUCAAGGCUAAGAAACUCAUUGAGUGAACAGCUUCAGCUGUUGAGUAAAGGCUGCAGAGGGAUCCCGCCAUCCUUGGGCUCUCGCCUUGCUUCUUCCAGGGAUGUUCAAUAUGAACCAUGGUCUUCAUUGAAUCCUUCCUCACCACCUUGCUCUGACCAGGAGCCAUUGGGAUCCUUUUCUGUGGGAGUUUCCCUUUGCCACAAGUUUUGGUGGGACACUGCAAAUGGACUGACAUCUCUUUGCCUACCAAAAUGGAGCUAGGCAUCGGAAAGCCAUGGAUUGGGGAGGGUGAUUUGGAAACCACUAUCCCCCUUUUUGGGACAGACUGCUAUGCUUCCUUCUUCCCUUUGCUGGUGAUGGGAUUUUAAGAGUGGAUUGGCUUUUAAUUUGACUAGUUAACUAAAGUCCCAAUCACUAAGAACACUGGAGAAAUAUUUUAAGUAAUAAAUUUGGAUUCCUAGA